AAAAGGCCCAGCCGAGGGGAAGAGAGGAACAAGUCUUCGUCGUCGUUUGCUCGUCGCUGUAUUGGCUUUUUCACCAUAUUAGCGACGUUGGGGCUUAUUGCAGCGCACUGAGAAAACUCUCGCUCUCGCUCAGAUAAUCGAACGGAUUUAAAUAGAUUAUCGUUGCUCAUCAAGGGGAUGAUUUCUGAGGAUCCUUUUGGCGCACAUGUAGUAUGGAAUAACGGUUUUAGAGGACACUGGGGUUCCUUGGUAUGACCAGAGUCUAGGGGGUUGGCAUAUUGAGCACUACGUUCUAUGUCAUCUAGGUUUUAAAAUCAAGUAACCAACAUAGAAAGAAAUCAUGGAUGAAAAUCCUGUCAUGCUUGUUUUGUAAUUUCCUUUAACAUAUCAGCUAUCAAUCCUCUCCGCCACAUGCUAGUUAUGCCAUAUUGGUUAAGCGGAUGCAUUCCUUCUCUUUAUUAUAUCAUCAGGAAGAGAAGUUCGGAUUCUAAAGAAACGAAAUGAGUGGAGGAGGAGAGAAGGGUUCAGCAGCCACAAAGACACCCGGAGAUUUUCUCAAAUCAAUUCGUGGGCGACCUGUUGUUGUUAAACUGAAUUCUGGAGUUGAUUAUCGAGGUAUUCUCGCAUGUCUGGAUGGGUAUAUGAACAUAGCAAUGGAGCAAACAGAAGAAUAUGUGAAUGGGCAGCUGAAAAAUAAAUAUGGCGAUGCUUUCAUUCGCGGAAACAAUGUUCUCUACAUUAGUACAUCAAAGAGGACACUAGCAGAUGGAGCUUGAGUAUUGGACUAUAUAUCAAGCCAUGUGGUUCAUCUGCAGUCAGGCUUUCAAUGUUUGUAUUUCUGAUGUAAGAUGAUGAUAUUGAUUUGGAAAUGAGAAUUAGACAGUGCUGCUCUAACUUGGACAUAUGCAACUUUGUUAUCUUUCUAAUGGGAUAAGUAUCAAAUAUCUAAAUUGAAGAUUGAUGCGUUAUUGUUA